AGCGCUCUGGGGGAUGGACAGACAGAGGUGUCUGGAGACACACCCGCCAUGCCUGGCCCGAGGUGCCUGGGGAAGGCCGGAUGGGCCGGUUGCCUGUUUCACAGAAGAGCCACCUGGGGGUUGGGUCCUGGUGCUGCCAGCCCGGACGCCGGGGUCCCGUGCCCCAGCUGUUUUCCCUGCCCCUUAUUUCCACCCCGGUUCCCUUCCUCCCAGAGCGAGCCGGCCCGUGGGUCCCAGACCGGGGAAGUGAAGGGGGGGUGUCCAAGGCCCCUCCCCGCGCCUGUCCUGUCCCUUUAAGGCGCCACCCCCACCGAGCUGUGACAGCGAAGGGCGUUAAAAUGCUCUGAUCUGCAGCCUCCGGAUUCACUGUGACACCAGAGCAUCUGGAGCUGCUGCCAUGAGCCGGAAAGUCGUGCGCAGCAGCAAGUUCCGCCAUGUGUUCGGGCAGCCGGCGAAGGCCGACCAGUGCUACGACGACGUGCGGAUCUCGCAGACCACCUGGGACAGCAGCUUCUGCUCCGUGAACCCCAAAUUCCUGGCCAUGAUUGUGGAGGCCAGUGGGGGAGGGGCCUUUAUGGUGCUGCCCCUGGCCAAGACCGGGCGCCUGGACAAGUCCCAGCCCCUGGUGUGCGGACACACGGCCCCGGUGCUGGACAUCGAGUGGUGUCCCCACAACGACAACAUCAUUGCCAGCGGCUCCGAGGACUGCACCGUCAUGGUGUGGGAGGUACCGGACGGGGGGCUGGUGCGCCCCCUGACGGAGCCGCUGGUCACGCUGGAGGGGCACUCGAAACGUGUCGGCAUCGUGGCCUGGCACCCUACGGCCCAGAACGUGCUGCUGAGCGCAGGCUGUGACAACGCCGUGCUGCUGUGGGACGUGGGCUCGGGCCAGGCGCUGCGGGAGCUGCGGGACCUGCACCCCGACACCAUCUACAGCGUGGCCUGGAGCCGCGACGGGUCCCGGCUCUGCACCUGCUGCCGGGACGGCCGGGUCCGCGUGAUCGUGCCCCGCUCCGGCCGGGUGGUCGCCGAAAAGGCCAACCCCCACGAGGGCUCCCGGCCGGUCCGCGCUGUCCUGCUGGACGACGGCAAGAUCCUCACCACCGGCUUCAGCCGCAUGAGCGAGCGCCAGGUGGCGCUGUGGGACCCGGCGCCCCUGGAGGAGCCCAUGAACCUGCAGGAGCUGGACACGAGCAGCGGGGUGCUGCUCCCCCACUACGACCCGGACACCAGCAUGGUCUACCUCUGCGGCAAGGGCGACAGCUCCAUCCGCUACUUCGAGGUGACGCCCGAGGCCCCCUACCUGCACUUCCUGUCCCUCUACAGCUCCAAGGAGUCCCAGCGCGGGGGCGGCUGGAUGCCCAAGCGAGGCCUGGACGUCAGCAAGUGCGAGAUCGCCAGAUUCUACAAACUCCAUGAGCGCAGAUGUGAACCCAUUGCCAUGACGGUGCCCCGCAAGUCAGACCUGUUCCAGGAGGACCUGUACCCCGACACGGCCGGGCCCGACCCCGCGCUGACGGCAGAAGAAUGGUUCGGGGGCAAGGACGCCGGCCCCCUGCUCAUCUCCCUGAAGGACGGAUACGUCCCGCCCAAGAGCCGGGAGUUCAAAGUCAACAAGAGCAUCCUGGAGCCGCGCCGGAGCCAGACCUGCUCCGACGGGGGCAGCCCUGGGGCGCUGGAGAAGUUGACCGAGGACGUGCGGCAGCUGCAGGCGACGGUAGCGGAGCAGGAGCGACGCAUCGCGGUGCUGGAGGCGCAGGCUGCCAAAUAGCCGGGGGGAGCCUCUGUCCCCCACCCCAACCUUCUGUCCAACUCAGGGCUUCCCCAUGACACUGGAACCCCCCUGCCCCCCACAAGCUUUGCUGCUGGAGCCUCCUCCUGCCCCCCCCCCCCAGCAUCUGCCAUGGCCAGAGACCCACCUUGGUGGGGGGCCAGGUCCUGCCCAGGUAACCCUCAAAUGCCCCCAUAACCCCCCUUCCCCCCCCAGUCUCUGGGAGGCCGGAUCCCUCCCGCCCUGUACAGAGAAGCUUUUAUCUUUUUUACCUUGUUUUUUUAAGUCAUGGGGGGUGGG